GUAAAAAUAUCCACUAUCUGGAAAAAACCAAGAAAGAAAGAAUAAAAGAAAGUCGUAGAAAGAACACGAGGAAGAAAAUAAACAUUCUAUCGAACCAAAAGCUCAACAGAAUCAACCACCACUGGAAGGGAUUGCUCUUUCUCUAACCCAAUAUUUGAGACUCCUGAUCAAGAAUGCUAUCUGGGUCCUGUAGAUCAUGCCCAGAUCUCGUUAUUUAUUGAUCUAGCCGAAUAAAAGAUCAUUUUUUGCUAAUCUCUAGAGGAAAAAAAGGAGAUGAGAAGGGGAUUCAUCCACUUAGAUUGGAACUAUCAUCAAUAGCAGGUAGCAGGCAUGCUAUUUGUUGACAGCGGGGAGGAUGAGAAGCCGAUAUGAUGGAUUGGAUAGUACAGGCUUAAAACUGGUUUAGUUGAAAUGGGUUCUUCUAGUUUAUGUGAUAUUAUUGCCAUCCUUUAUCACUCAUGACAUGAAGCUCUGAGAACUAUCUUGUUCUAUAUUAGUUUCUUAUGUGAGGAAAACUUUGCGGGUUGUCAUUGAAGUUAUGAUCAAACAAAUACUUAAUAGGCUCCCCAGGAAGCCGUCUAAGUCAGCAGAAAAUCGCGAUGGGGGAACCUCUACCUCCUCUUCAAAUGCUUCUUCCAGUUUACGAAGCGGUGAUCUAGCAAGCAAUCCGUAUGGGAACUGGAACGCGGCAUCUCUUUCUGGCCAGAAUCCUACUUCAAAUUCAGGAAUAAGUCAUGGAAAUAGUAAGUUUCCUCAAGCUUUAAACUCAAAGCCGAAUGGCAAUUCAACAGUUACCUCCUAUGAGUUAUUGCCUAGUUUCCGAGAUGUUCCAAACUCUGAAAAGCAGAGCUUGUUCAUCAGAAAGCUGAACCUAUGCUGUGUCGUGUUUGACUUUUCUGACCCAACAAAGAAUUUGAAAGAAAAGGAAAUAAAGCGACAGACUUUGGUAGAGCUUGUUGAUUAUGUCACUUCUGCUGAUGGGAAAUUCACAGAACCUGUUGUGCAAGAAAUGGUGAAGAUGGUGUCUGUAAACUUGUUCCGGACACUCACUCCUCAGCCUCGUGAGAACAAAGUCUUAGAAGCUGUUGAUAUGGAGGAGGAUGAGCCGAUGAUGGAACCGGCAUGGCCUCAUUUGCAAAUUGUAUAUGAAUUCUUCCUGAGAUUUGUGGCAUCACCAGGGAUGGAUGCAAAAUUGGCUAAGCGCUACGUUGAUCACUCUUUUGUCGUAAGGUUGUUGGAUCUUUUCGAUUCCGAAGAUCCUAGAGAAAGGGAAUACUCGAAAACUGUUUUACACCGGAUUUAUGGGAAGUUUAUGGUGCACCGUCCAUUCAUUAGGAAAACGAUCAACAACAUAUUUUAUCGUUUCAUUUUUGAAACCGAGAAGCAUAAUGGAAUUGCAGAGCUGUUAGAAAUAUUGGGCAGUAUAAUUAACGGAUUUGCUUUGCCACUGAAAGAAGAGCACAAACUCUUCCUUGUACGUGCACUGAUUCCACUCCAUAAACCGAAAUGCAUACCUAUGUACCAUCAGCAGUUAUCCUAUUGCAUCACACAAUUUGUGGAGAAAGACUGUAAGCUUGCAGACACUGUUAUAAGGGGCUUAUUACGGUAUUGGCCUAUCACAAAUAGUUCAAAGGAGGUCAUGUUCUUAGGUGAGCUGGAGGAGGUUUUAGAAGCGACUCAGCCUCCGGAGUUCCAGCGUUGUAUGGUACCCUUGUUCCGGCAAAUUGCUCAUUGCUUGAGCAGUUCACACUUCCAAGUAGGUGGCUGAAAGGGCUCUGUUUUUAUGGAACAACGAUCACAUUGACAACUUAAUCAAACAAAAUCGCAAGGUUAUUUUGCCAAUUAUAUUUCCUGCCUUGGAAAAAAAUGUGACAAAACACUGGAACCAGGCGGUUCAGAGCUUGACAUUAAAUGUCCGCAAGAUCUUCUCUGAUAUUGAUCCGGAGCUAUUUGAGGAGUGCCUGCUUAAAUUUCAAGAAGAUAAAGCCCAAGAGGAAGAGAUUAAGCUGAAGCGUGAAGCCACAUGGAAACGCUUAGAGGAGAUUGCAGCCAUGAAAUCGGCAAAGUGAUUGUCCCCAAAUGGAUAACUGCUCAGAGGUCGUCCGACUUGGGAGAUUAGAAACAAGAAGAGUGUUGUUGGUACUUCCAGUUUUCUUCAUAGUUCUGAUUGUUAUGCAGAGAAAGAAGGGUAUUGUUAUUUGGUGGGAUGUUGCAUUCAUUGCGUGCUCACCUUCUUCUGCUUCUACAUUUUGCAUAGGACUAUCGGGUCCCACUGGGUGAGAAACACUGCGUGCAAGGUAUAAACUGACCCCAUAUGAAUCUAUGCGCAACGACAGCAUAUCUUGGCUUGGAUUAACAAAGAUAUUUGGGUGAGUUUUGGUUAUAUGGAGGAAACUUGGUUAGUGACUUGGGCCUUUUUGUUAGGUGUUUAAAGGGGUGACAUUGAAAGAGCUUCAUUUUGCAGGUAUUUAUGUGCAUUUUUUUUCAUAAAUUCGGUUUAACUAGUGUAUUUUUUUUUUAAUGUUCAAUUAUGUAUAAUGUACCUUUCUAUUAUGUUGCUUUUAUGAAUGGAUAUCUCUUGCAUGAGUCAGCAUGACA